CCACCUGGCGGGCUUCAAAGAAGCUUGGGGCUGCAUCCUUGCAAAGGCGACCAGGCGGGAUGGAAGGAAGAUAAUGGGCAAGGCAGUGAGAACGACUGGGAAGCAGCCUCUGAAAUCUUCAAAAAUGAGUGAGCAUCCAACAGGGAAAGAGCGUUUGGGAAAUCAAAAGAGAGGAAUCCAAGUCAAGAAUGGAAAGAAGAAACCUCUCCCUUCUCAAGAGCCUGACAUCUGGGACCCUCCGGCUGCCCAGAAGACUCUCAAAGGCAAAAGGAGAAGUAACGGGCAAGGCAGUGAGAGCAACUGGGAACCAGCCCUGGAAUCCUCAAAAAUGAGUAAACAUUCAACAGGGAAAGAGCCUUUGGGAAAUCAAAAGAGAGGAAACCAGUUAAAGAAUGGAAAGAAGAAACCUCUCCCUUCUCAAGAGCCUGACACCUGGGACCCUCCGGCUGCCCAGAAGACUCUCAAAGGCAAAAGGAGAAAGAAUGGGCAAGGCAGUGGGAGCAACUGGGAAGCAGCCCUGAAAUCCUCAAAAAUGAGUGAGCAUCCAACAGGGAAAGAGCCUUUGGGAAAUCAAAAGAGAGGAAACCAAGUCAAGAAGGGAAAAAAGAAACCUCUCCCUUCUCAAGAGCCUGACACCUGGGACCCUCCGGCUGCCCAGAAGACUCUCAAAGGCAAAAGGAGAAGUAAGUGUCCUGUCUGUGGGAAAAGAUAUUUGCGAUUAACAGUACACUACAGGUGCCACACAAGCAAAGACCUCAACAGAUCCCCCUCAAGUGAAAAGCCACAUCAGUGCACAGAAUGCGGAAGGAGAUUCUCUUUAAGGGGAAACCUGGAAUCUCAUCAGAGAAUCCACACAGAAGAGAAGCCUUAUGAAUGCAAUAAAUGCGGAAAGUGCUUCUCUCAGAGCAGAGAGUUGCGUUCCCAUUGGAGAAGCCACACAGAAAAGGAGUCAUAUAUAUGCAGGGAGUGCGGAAAGAGCUUGAAGUCUUGCGCAACUCUGAAUACGCAUGAGAAAACCCACAGGGAGAAACCCUUUGCGUGCGUGGAGUGCGGAAAGCAUUUUGUUCGGAAGGAUGCCCUUAUAAUACACCAGAGGACCCACACGGGGGAGAAACCGUACAAAUGUGCGGACUGCGGAAGGAGCUUCAACCAGGCUGGGAACCGGGAUACGCAUCAGAAAACCCACAGAAACGAGAAGCCCUACAAAUGCCUGGAAUGUGGGAAGAGCUUUGGCACGAGAGCAUACCUUUCUUUGCACGAAAAACUCCAUGCAAGUGAAAAGCCCUACGCAUGCUUGGAUUGUGGUAAGAGAUUCAUUUUGAAGAGUAAGCUGCGGUCGCAUGAGAAGGUCCACACUGGGGAGAAACCCUACAAAUGCCUGGAGUGUGGGAAAAGCUUCUCUCACAGCAUGAAUCUCCACUUGCACCAAAGGACCCACACAGGGGAGAAGCCACAUCAGUGCUCUGAAUGCGGAAAGGACUUCAGACGGGUAGGCCAUCUGCGCUCACAUGAGAGAAUCCACACGGGAGCAAAACCGUACAAAUGCACAACCUGUGGGGUGUGCUUCAGGCACAGCGCAUCCCUGCGCCUGCAUGAGAAGCUCCACACAGGAGAAAAGCCACACCAGUGCAAGGAUUGUGGAAAGAGCUUUGUUAGAAAGACCCACCUGCGUGACCAUGAGAGAACUCACAGUGGGGAGAAGCCCUAUAAAUGCAUGGAGUGCGGAAAGAGCUUUUCCCAGAGCAGAAAUCUAGGUUCACAUAAGAGAAGCCACACAUGGGAGAAACGUCACAAAUGUACAGAGUGCGGAAAGAGCUUCAGCUCUGGUAAUGGCCUAGUACUACACAAAAGAAUCCACACAGGGGAGAAACCCUAUAUGUGCCCAGAGUGUGGGAAAAGCUUCACGCAGAAUUCAAAUCUCUCUAGACAUCAGAGAACCCACACAGGGGUGAAACCCUACAAGUGCAUAGACUGUGGGAGAUGCUUCACUUCAAGCAACGGUCUCCAUUUACACCAAAUGACCCACACAGGGGGGAAGCCAUAUAAGUGCUCAGAAUGUGGAAAGGAAUUCAGAUGGAAAAGGUCUCUGAGCUUUCAUGAGAGAAUCCACACGGGAGCAAAACCAUACAAAUGCACGGCUUGUGGGAUGUGUUUCAGGUACACUGGAUCCCUGCGCCUGCAUGAGAAGAUCCACACUGGAGAAAAACCACACCAGUGCAAGGAAUGUGGAAAGAGCUUCACUUUGAUUGGCCAACUGCGUGUCCAUGAGAGAACCCACACCAGAGAGAAACCCUAUAAAUGCAUGGAGUGCGGAAAGAGGUUUUCUCAGAGUGGAAAUCUACGUUUCCAUAAGAGAACCCAUACAGGGGAGAAACCUUAUAAAUGUACAGAAUGCAAAAAGAGCUUUAGCCUUAGUCAAAGUCUAGUACAACACAAAAGAAUCCACACUGGGGAGAAGCCCUAUAUGUGUCCAGAGUGUGGGAAAAGCUUCAGUGGGAGUUCAAAUCUUUCUACACAUCAAAGAACCCACACAGGCGAGAAACCCUACAAGUGCAUAGACUGCGGGAAAUGCUUCAGUUUGAGCGCCCGUCUCCGUUUACAUCAAAGGACCCACACAGGGGAGAAACCCUACAAGUGCAUAGACUGCGGGAAAUGCUUCAUUUCAAGCACCCGUCUCCGUUUACAUCAAAGGACCCACACAGGGGAGAAACCCUACAAGUGCACAGACUGCGGGAAAUGCUUCCGUUUGAGUACCCAUCUCUGUUUACAUCAAAGGACCCACACAGGGCGGAAAUCGUAUUAAAGCAUCGGAUGUGGAAGGAGCUUCAGCGAGGAUAAUGGGCAAACUUCAGCCAGACCCCAAAAACAUACAAUGGGGAGAAACCAUACAACAAAAGGCCCAGAAAUAUUGGACUCAGGUACACAGGAUGCUGGCAGAUAUUACAGAGUUUAAAUUUAUAAUGAAGCCUGGAUUGUAUUUGUUGAGGAUG